AUGAAGAAGCAAGUGAGUGGUUGUUAGUAUAGAUGAAUGUCUGAAUGCAGAUAAGUAGAAUGACGGGAUUAAAAGCUAUAAUAAGCGCCUCACAUGUGACAUACGUGCAAUUAUAUAAUCUGCCCCUGCCGCACAGCUUAAAGCGUCUACCAAUCUUUGCCGUCGUGCACCACGGUCACACUCGGCAUACGCGAAGGUUCUCUCGGUUCUUAGUUUACCUAAGUUAAUUGAUUUAAUUAGCAUUUUUUAAAUCGUCUAAGCGCAAUCUCCGAAAUCCAGCUAAUCAUUUAUUCGUGUCUUACAAGUAUUACGUAUCGGUGAACCCCCUUAGCUUGAUUCGAAAGUUACGUUUUAUGCGACACACACUUUUUCUUACUCAACUAACGUAAAGUUUGCAUUUUGGACAGAAAGCAACUCCAAUUUUUAUCCAGACUGUUUCUGGGCAAAACAAACUCCCCGUGCUUAAUUACGCGUAGUUCCCUAAUAGGAUUAAGUUUCAGUUCAGUUUAUUUGAGGGAAAUGCAGAUGUUUCAUCUUCGAACUCCAUAUUCGUUACAAGGAAACAUCAAACGGCCGCGGCAGAAUGAUCGAGACUCUACAGAUAAACAAAUCAAUUUAAGUGCUAUAAACACCAACACUACUAAGUACAUUGUACCGUAGUCAGUACAUUCAUAGUUGUGAUAUGUAAAAAUUAGGACGAGUUCAGCUAUUUGAAGAUGCCAAAGUGAAUAUCCUUAUUCCCAUGCAAUGAAUUUGGGACAGUAAGUAAAUUAAAAGAGCAACGUUGCUGGAACAAAGACAGUAAUUAUGCAAUAGUAAUAAAUUGCUAACACUGAACGUUCAGACGAUGUCUAACGGCUGACAUUGCGAUGUGUAGUGGCAUAAUGAUCCAGCUUGCAUUUUAAGGCCUCGACGGAUGUGGACAUGUGGAGCAGUGUAGCAAUGAAUUCAUUAAAGCCAUGAACCACACACCCAAGUCCUUCUGGGCGUCGACCUCCUGUAAUGGUACGCCAUUUAGGUAGUAAACCCUGCAGUCCGGAGAUCUGGUUCUACAAACUCGCAGAAUGUCGCCCUUAUUCACAUUAAAUCGCAAAAAACCAGUCUUGCGGCAACUUAUGUAGUCAGUCCAGGUUUGCUUGCAAACUUUCUUCGUUAUAUUCAACUCGAAAGACGCUCCACAUCUUAACAUUAUAAGCGUACGUGGCGACAUCAUAAUCCGGUUCACUUGCGCAGUCGUUGACGUAUAUGAUGGACACGGUAGUAACAAGAACGGAGACUUGCUGAACACAGCUUUCAACCGCUACCUCCACAGACUGCCAGUCACCGAUAUAGCCUAUUAAAAAAUGAAUUAAUCCGGAUGACUGAAAUCAUCCAUAUAUAACCGUCGGCACAUCUGGAAGUUGAUUGCCAUUCCGUGUAUGUUGAGUCGAAUAAGAUGUAGAAAAACACCUGUUUAUUCCGAAUAAAAGAUGCGAUUUCUUCUUUGGUGAUUUCGAUUUGAGAAGCUCAGUAUGGUGUUUGUCUUAAAACAGAGAAAUUAUGCUAAAACAAUUUUUUUCACUUAGCUUGAAGUUGUUGGUCAGGUACAAACGUUCUAAGAAAAACCGGGUAAUGACCGAUCACGUGUCGAGAAAUUCAAAUUAUUCGCAUAUGUCGGAUAGUUUUCGUGAGGUUUAUUCUCAGCCAGUAUGUGAUGUGAAUGCAGAUUACAACUACAAUCAUGUCAUGAUGCUUAUGUUUAAGCAAAUAAUCGGAAACAACUCUAAAAUAAAAAGAGGUUGUAUCGUUCGCGCAGAAAAUCGUUAAUGUCUGAUAUGACAAGGCACUGUUUAUUCAUCGACGAUUUUGUUGUGCAAAAAGAUGUGACACAUGGGCAUUCAUCCGCCAAAUGUCAUUACAGUCCAGCAGCUUCUGCACUCGAACAUGCCUGGGAUCUGGAUUUGCUAGUACACUUAUAUACUUAACGAAAUGCGUGAUUAGGUGCAGGACGGUUGAAGAUGAAGAUUUUAUUUUCUGGGAAGAGCGAUGAUUGUGGAAUAUGUUUUUCUUAACUUUAUAUGCCCACCUUUAUUAGUAAUUACAUGCAAAAGAAAAACAUAGAUGAGAGCUAUCCGGUGGUCAUAAAGUUUAACGAAUUCACGCGAACAAUUGGUAAACCAUUUCCUGUUGGUCUUUGAAUAGAAAACAGCUUCCAUUCUCUCCUACCAACGGCCCGUAAAACCAAUUAUAUCUCCAUCAAAGUAAGACAGGCAAGAACAAAAGGUUGAAGAGAAAGCCUUGAAUAGCCUCUCGGCAUACGGUUUAUUGCAAUAUCGUCCCCUGGAUGUUACCAUCGAUGUUUCCACCCCUCCCAGAAUGCUUAAGGAGGUCUGUCAUUCAUUGGGUCAUAUUACCCAUUCCACGCCACUUAAAGGCCGUAACUAAGGGCCAUUGUAAACCUGGGCAUCUUAGACUCUUUAUGUAAGAUCGGAUUCAAAGUUUUCAGAAUUUCAGAGGGGGAUUACUUAAUAGCCUGUGUUAGAUGCGUAGGCCGUUAAUACGGAUUUGUGGAUUUCAGGAAGAUUGAUCGAUGCUAGAGGCACCCCGCUAAUGAUAACACCUGUUUUCCAAUACCAUCAUGUAUUGCCCGCUGCUAAAUUCUUGCUCCAGGAAAACUAGAUAACUUCUCCGUUCGGCUCAUCCUGGUACCUUUGCACCAGAAGACCCUUCAUUCCCGACAUUCCCUUCCCCAAGUCCUACCCCUUCUUAUCCACGUCAGAAUUUUUGGAUGCCACAAAAUUUUUGCAGAACCGGAUGGUUGCAUCCGGACCAUUUGCUCCGUGGGCAGCCCAGAACUGGACGAUGUAGCCCACUUCCCUCAGAAACAAACAGCCUUUCCCUUCAGACUUUUUGUUUUAAAUGCCAGAUCCUUGCUUAAUAAGACGCCUUUGCUUCAGACUCUGGUGUUCGUCCAUUGUCCAGAUAUUGCUUUAGUAACUGAGACGUAGGCAUCAGCCUCUGUAGCUGACUCCGAACUCUCUCUUCCAGGCUAUAAUUGCAUCCGAAAUGAUAGCCAAGAUAGUCGUGGUGGGGGCAGCUGCGUCUACGUUAAGCAAACACUUACAUUUUUGCCGUUGGACCUCCCGCAUUUUUCCGCAGUAGAAGGCAGCUGCUGGCUCCAGGUUGUCCUAAAAAAUAAGUUCUCUUUACUCGUUGGCUGUAUCUAUCGCUCUAACAACGCCAACGACAAUUUUGAUCGUUUACUCUCACAGGCAUUUCAUGCUGCGGCCGACUCAAGCUUUGAGUAUCAAUUGGUUGCGGGUGACUUUAAUAUCCCCGAAGUCUGCUGGUCUCCGCCCUCAGGCCCCAGAAGGUUCGAAAACUUUCUUGAGGCUGUGGAUGUUGGGACGUGGACUCAGGUUGUCGAUUUUCCCAACCGUGGCUCAAGCAUACUUGACCUAAUUUUCUGUAGAGGCUGCAUGCCAUCGUCAGUGUCAUCCCUAGGCCCAUUCGGGGGCUCCGACCAUGACAUAGUUAUUUCAACGUUGGAAUUCGAGGCUGACAAAACGCCUUCCCCAAAGUAUAACUUUUCCGCGAUUUCCGAUCAACUCGCUCAACCGAAUUAUUAACACACCUUAAUUCCUACGACUGGAUUGAUUUCUUCCUUAGUUCGGAUGUAAAUGUUUGCACUGCAAAUCUGUACGAAAUUUUGGAUCCGCUUUUUUUCUCGUCGUGUCUUCCGUAGGAAAAUUAUUAAUGUUGGGGAUAAGGUUUUCCUACCCUUACUCUUCGUCGCAGAUUGCGCAGGCUUUAUCGUCGUUUCCAUCUUCAUAACGAUGUUUCUGUUCUGCCCUUGAUUUGUGAUAUUUUUGAUCGAGCUAAGAGAUUGUCUAUAGGAAAACAGCUAGCCGAAGAGGUCCAGUUGACCGAAAACCAUUCGUUAAAUAUCUCGAAACUUUUCUCUAGAAAAAUACGAAUUCAGAGAAAGACGCAGCAUCCCAUCCUCAGAGACGCUCUCGGAAAUCCCAUAGUUGAUGCCCAGUUAACCGCGGAUAGCUUUAACGAUUUCCUGCCAAAAACGUUCAUUGAAGACUCGACCACUCCGCUUCUGACCAUCCAGCCAUUGACCGGGGCAGUCCUAGAAACUAUAACUUUCACUCUGUUGGAUGUGACUGUUGCGAUUCGGCUAUAAAGUCCAGGACCUGAUGGUGUCCCAGAAAGCAUUUUAAAAGCCGAUGCAAAUACGAUUUUCCCAUCCCUCUUAUGCAAGAUAUUUAAUCUUGCUCUUGAAAGUGAAACUUAUCCUACCUUGUGGAAGGAAUCACACAUUUUGCCCAUUCCGAAGCACGGCAAACCUACAUUAUUUGAUGACUUUCGGCCAAUAAACACCCCUCCCACCAAAACUUUAAAACAAGGGACAUUAGAAUGCGCCUUUACAACAUGUACGUUAGACCUGGCCUGGAAUACUGUUCGUUUUUAUUUAGCCUCAUGCGUGCUACUGAGCGGAAGAAAAUAGAAUUCGUUCAACACUUUUUUACCAAGAGAAUUUUAACCCCGGAACACCGACAUUUGUCUUACCAAGAAUGUUGCCGGCUUACGGGCCUUGAUCCUUUUUGGUUCCGUAGAUGAAAAAGGGACUAUUUUUGCUAUUUAAACUCUUGUAUAAUCACACAUUUAACCCACUCACCUCUUUAAGACAUCAUAUCCACCCACGACGUAACAGUCCCCGUGAGCUCUUUUUAUUUCUGCCUCUGGCACGUACUGUUAAAUAUCGUUGGUUUUAUUCUGUAAAUGCAAUUUCUAUUUGGAAUAAACUACCCAUGAGUGUGAAACCUCUGCAAAAUUAUUCUUUAUUUAAGAGAACUAUUACUCGAUUUUUGCAUUCAGAAAAACUCCCAAAAAUUUUGGGUGCUGAAUCCACUGAUCGACUGUACCGUAGCGAUGGCGUUUGUGGUCUCUGAACACUAUGGCCGGUCUCACCAGCUGUUCCUCAACGUCUCUAUUUUGACUAUCCUCAAAUUCAUGAAAGGAAUUGACGUCCGAUAAUCUCCGAUACCGUGCAAUCCCCCUCCCCCUUCUUGACGGUCGAAAAUCUACCACCAGCAGAUUUUUCUCCUGAACCCUCCAAACCAUAAAAACCACCAUCAACUAUAUGUUUAUUCUUCAGGAGUUUUUUUCACUGCUGGUCGGAUUUGUGUUUAAUCGGUUCCCUUGACAAUGCCUGUAAACUGGCAUUAAAUAAAUUAUUAUUAUUAUUAUUAUUAUUAUUAUAUUCCAUGCGUCACUGGACAGGUCACUUCUGAGAGAGUUUUCAGAGUUCUUGGAUCACUGGAGUUGACAUUUUCGAUUUGGACGGCUCUUGUCAACGCCCUCUCAGUUCCUAUGAAACAGAUCUUUCUUAUAAUGUAUGAAAAGCCCAGCAAGGGUUACUGCAUUUAGCUGAACACAUGAAUUGUAAAUGUCCCAGUGGUCUACAGUUAAACGAUGGAUAUACCCUUUUGUAGUGCACUACGCAGCUGUUAUUCACAGGUAUUUGCGGGAAAUGUAUGUAUGCUGCGUGGGACUUUAAUGUUUAAAGUCGGCAGCGAUUCUUCAGUCACGAGAUACUGUAAGGGGAUGUUUGCCAAAUUUAUUUAUUAACGUCCUGUAAUAGUUGAUCACUAAGCAAUCACUUUAUUCGUCUUCACGCAUCUGAUUAUUCGCAUAUUUCUGUGAACAAAACAAGGAAAAUGUCUCAGCCAAACCUCGUGAGCCGGAUUUGAGCAGAAAAAAGAAACUUAUAUCUUAAGAUUGUCUAUUAUGAGCUCGUUCGUUUUUCUAAAUGCGCGCAUGCCGAAAACGCAGACUUGUAUACUAAAUGACGUACUGUCGCAAAAAUUUUCCAAAUGUCAUUCUGGAAUUCUGCGUAACAGAGACAAAGGAGGGCUGUGGUUCGUUUAAAACGAUUCCCACAGACAUUUUCAUGGAAGAAUUAGUUUAUAGACAACGGAUUAAUGCCCCUUUUCCUCCUGCUGAAACGACAUGCUUAUCUUAAAACCGAUUUACUUUAUAUUCUGUCUUAUUUUCUAAGAAUUGGUGUUGACUUUCUUGUUCAGCUGGCUUUCGUAAGAUGUGAUUAUUAUAUAGCAAAGCAAACGAGGACCGGCAUUAUGACCUGUUUCUUAAUGGACUAUUAAACAGCAUUAAAUAUGACCCGCCAUUACAAAUUUAUGCCCCAUUUAGAGGAUUUUGUCUUAUUUGUUGUCGUUUGACCGAUUUAUGGCGGAUUGCGUCCAUUUGGCCGCGGUGAAAUUAACGAAGGAAGGUCGCCACACCGUAAUAUGCAGCUACAGGAUGCCCUAACCAUGCGAUAUAUGCCCUCUAGCACCCACGAAUACACUUCCCACAUCUCCCAGCCGAUCUAUUACUAUAUGGAUCAUGUAAGCAUCCGAAAAGUUAUACGAAGGCGUUUCGGAUGUAGCAGCCAGAUGAAUAAAUAAAUUCGCAUAAUUAAUCCGUUUUAUCAUAUACAAUCACCGUUUUCCAAAAACUGCUCGUCAUGAACAAUUAUCAAGUAACAGAGAGCAGUUUGCAGUAGACAACUUAAAAGAGUAAAUGGGGAUAAUCGGACGUUCCCAUUUAAUCUCUUAUGUGAAUUGCUAGCUUAUGUCGCGCCUUAGGGGCUGGGUCAGACUAAGAGGGAUGGGGUCACGGCCCAGUCCGGGAUGAAGUGAUAAAUGAUACCGCAAGUUUUUGCAAUGUAGACGGUGUGGGUGCGUUCCUUGCCUAGAUCACUUUGCGUGGGCGUUCAAUGGAGCGGCAUCACAGGUUGCUACGGAGGAACCGGCUAGCUUGUGUUCUGUUGUCAUAAAGAUUCUUUCACAGAACCACCGCAUCGAUUUAAAAAAACUUGGUUCCGCAUAUAUAUCAACUUGAGUUUGACUUCGAAAUCUUCCAGGUCUGCCCUCAGUUUUCCUCGGUGGAUGUCGCUUCUUCACUUUACUGCCGAUCACUAUCUUCAAUGGACCUUAAAUAAACCCACUUCCACCACGGAAAGCACAUUGUGUCAUUUGGUUAACUGAAUAGAAAAACGUAGGCCUAUAAAACAAUACCAACUUGGAAUUGAACAUCUUGACAUGUCGGCUUUUAACGCGCUCUUUCAAGAUACGCGGCCUUUCGUUUCCGGCUGUUCGCUCGGAGGAGGUUUGCUGUCUGCGUGUUGAUUGUGCGUUAAUUUUCUGCUUACGUAAUGUUGGAUUUGUUUUGGCAGGCUAUGACGUUUCUUGUUUAAGCGAUCGCCGGACUGCGAAAUAUUUCCCUAAUUAGGCUUUCUUUCUAUUCACUAGUGUCAAACAACUAACCGCAGGCGUGAUCACGCCUCGAGGGUCGCUACCACCGGCACUUGUGCUUUGUUUCUGCCUGCACUGAAGGGUAAUUCUUUUUAUUAGGGUGGCUUGCGUUUUAGCUCUAUAUACAUAAGACCAUUGUGCUUUAUCUUGCCAAUAUCGAUGUCGUUGUCACGCAGUAACCCCACAGUUAAUCUAACUCUGCACUUUCCGUUAUUCUAAUUAGCUUAUAAGCGGCUGAACAGGCCUUAACUGUCUCGACGUUAAUUAUGAAUCGAGUAGAGGUCCUGCUGCCAAUUUCUUCGGAUCAUCGCCGCUAGAGGUUUAUUUGGCGUCAUGUUUAACUUACGUUUUCAGCUGUGUGACCGAUACUAAACCUCGAUUCAAACGCUCGAAACAUCUCUAAUUAUUUUUCUGAUGCGCGAUUAUACGCACUGGAGACAUGCGAUUUUUAAUGUAGACUGAGCUGGGCCGCUGGUGCGGCAUCACAGAUCAAAAAGUACUUAGAGCUAACUUGGCAUCUCCUCUAAAGAUUAGGUGUGGUCGUCAACCACAGGAUCAUGCGUCCCUAAACAAUUCGACAGUCACGCUCCUUCUGUUCUUCGUUUGUUAUUAGCCGAAUUGGUCAGAAAUUAAAAUGCCGUAUGAAAACACGCACGCCCAUGAUAAAGAGGCAAACAAAUGAGCGCGUUAUGCCCAACUUCCCCGUCUAAACGCAUUGUCUUCGUCAGUAAACGUGCUCGCUUCCCAAUAUUGUACUACGUAGUGAGGAAGUGGGCGUCCGAAAGCUAUAGCAUUUCGAGUCAGCUUAUAAAUGUAUCCUGUUGAUGCUAUUCGUGCGUCUAGAGAAUAAUUUUAGUCCCACCCUAACGUUCCAUGAAUAAGUAUUGCUUAUGUUAUCUGCCAGUUGUUGCCUGAAUUUCUCAUAUAAGAGUCUUUAUAUGCACUGUCAGCUUUAUAAGCCCUUAUUAUUUCGAGCAGAUAGUCUCCAAACUAAAAUGAGGACUCUGUUCUAAGCAUUAUCCAAAGUCCGGUAACUCGAGUAAUUAGAACGUUGAGCUUAAAUGCCCACUAGUCCGUUUUCCCUGGGCUCUAAUCUCGGGGUGUAUUUGGAUUGUGGCAUAACUACCUGAUAACGGCAAAUAAGCCAAAAAUUGCUAUUCCACUCUCCCCGUCUUUGCUUAUAAAAAUAUCUCGCUUUCCGACCGACUACGUGGCCUGUAGAUCCUCGGCCCCAAGACUGAAGGAAAGUGUCCAUUUCCCUUCUGCGCGUCAUUCCUAUUCGACUGAAUAUUCCCUAUUUCAGAUGAUAAAAGAAAAGCCCAUAAUGCGGUAACGAUGACGUCGGUCGAUGACCAGUUAUUUCGUCAGUCUCGCCAUCCAGCAUUUUCAUAGACAAAGCGGGAAACAGUGCUGCAUAAACUCCGUCGAUGCCUCCUGUGUCGUCAGGACAGUUUGAUUAGAUAGGCGACUGCUUGCAUGCAUUUGUAAACCAAUGAACCAGUGUACGCCUCAAUCUAAGUCAAUAUCCACUGUGUUUAUUACCGUAAUCAGUAGUAUCGAGGAAAAUAAUGGUAGAUGGUGUUUGGUAUAACUGGGGGAUUACUGGUUGCCAAACUAUGUAGUGUAGGUCUGCUGCGCUUCGUUGAAAAUACCUUCCAGGUCGCAUUUUCUUGCUUUUCAUAUUCUACAGAAAACUAUAUUCCCAGCGCCUUAUUUAGUGUUUCUGAAUAGGAGCUCGCCGCGAUUCCGACUCGUAGCUGCUUAGAACGCACGAGCCAUCAUAACCUAGGCCGCGCUGCGUUUUGAAUCACAACCCAAUUUGUUAUGAAAGAACAAAUACGCUGUAUUUUUUUCAAACACUCCAAUUGGCCAUCAGCCCAAAGCUUUUAGUCUGAAGUUCAAAGGCCUUAAUGUUUCCUGUGUGCACUUUACAUUAUGAUGACUCCUUAUAUGUAACGUAGAUAUCUGUGCUGUCCAAUGUUUCUCACUGUCACCUGCAAUCAUUUUACACAGCUAGUUUUUCUAUCCUUUGUUCCUUUUAUUUCGUUUUCCCCUUUUAAUCUUUGUACCUUGUCUGCGUUUCCAGAACGAGUGUGUAUGAGCGCGGCUGCCGUCUUAUUUGCUAAUGUCCUGAUAACAGUAGUCGUCACGAAACUGAAUCAUCAAGUAACACCUUUUGAUGUGUGGUUUUUCAGCUUGUUUAGGAAAACUAAAGUGACACUUAUCAAAGCGGACGUUUUUUGACAACGAUCGUUUCGAAACAAUCUCCUGUAGGCCGUUGACAGGGGUUAGAUAGAAAUAUCCACUUAAUUUGAGCUGUGCGAUGUCGAAAAUUUGACGCUCUGCGGGGUUCGAACUGCACCUUCAAGCACUGCGUAGAUUUUUUUCACUUGGGUUCCUUUUAUGUUUCAGGUAAGGUGGUAGUUGUGUAAUAUCUGGCCCUUCUCGUCUACCACGUUAUUUGUCCCUUCCCCUCAAAUCAUCGACUUGAACUAUCGUACACUACGCCAGCUCCUUAAUCUCCGCACCGACAUCGGUGAGAAACACCUUCGAGGCUCCGUCAGUCGGAUACUGCUGGCUCAAACUAGAGCACAUUCUCCCGAGUACUUUCAUGUAGGCGCUAAGUCGCAUAAGGCAUCGCCGCUAAAAUUGAGUCCCAAGUGAAACAAUCUGACUGACUGAUAGUGUAAAGACCGUUCGCGAUCGGACGAUCCGAACUUCAACGGCCUACGUCGUUCAACAACGCGCUUUGCUCAGCACGACCAAAACGAACUAUACAGUCGUUCGGGAUUUUCAGAGCGUUUAAACUCUUGGAGACGAAUAAAAGCCCUAUCGGAUUUAGGUGGGUCCGUGCUCCAGUCCAUGUGCCUCGUCGACCAGAGACAGCAAAAGUGCUCCGAAAGCGUCUAUGUUGGACACGUCAUCUGAGUUCGACAAGUUCGACCCCCUCAGCUGUUGUCCGGUUUUAAGACGACUUUGCACCCGAGUUAACAGUGGCAUCAACCCCACAUCCAUAGUAGAGGUCGUUUGGACGAUUGCAAGGCUGAAACACAUAGAGGAUUGCAUCGUAGCCGAAAUUCACAAGCGCCACUCAAUGGUACUGGCUGAUGGUUUGCACGGGUGCCUGAAGAAAUUGGAGAAACAGAGGCCGUACUCACCGGCUACAGCAACGUUAUCGUUACGCCGAUCUUUGGAAAGGCACACAGGCAACUUUGUAAGGACUACCGUGACGCAAACCUCCUUGACGUCGCCGAGCGAGUCUUGUUAAUCGUUCUUCCCCAUCAACCCCGCUUUCGUCUCAACUCGCAAGCACGAAUCUAUUUGGCUUUUGGCCACGAUAGAGACAUGUUGAGCAGCACAUCGUUGCGCCGGGCUAUCACUACAAUUAACAGCCCACCGGCUUUUUCUCUUGGAUUUUGCCUAUCGUCUGGCGAAAUCCUUUUCAGAAAUCAGUGCGCUGCGUCCCAAAUAGGUCCGUAGGCGGCGGAAUUCAAACUGAAACGAAUUCCAAAGAUGAUUGUCUUGGGUUUUGCAGCUAGAGAUAUUUGCUCGCGCACGAUGGCCGUGACGUGUCUAGGUUAGUGGAGAACUGUUAGAUUUGGUGGAUCUUACUGUUAAUCGGAUUAGGUAAGAAUUAAGUUGGCUAUCGGACCAAGCAAGCGCACUCGACUGUCGUCCGCCACCAUCGAAACCGCGGAAAUUGACGUUGGGUUAGUUAAAGCUACGGGUAUGCGAAGUCCCCGUCAAGGCACUCUUCUGAUGUAGGCUUGUGUAGUGCCGGAAGUAGCAAGAACAAUAGAAAAUGUUCAUGCAUUGCUGCUUCUAGUCUUUAAUCCGGGGCAUCCUGACGGAUCUUCCCCUUUCUAGUACGUGGACAUACAACCUUCGUAAAUGUGUGCAUCAGAAUUUCAUGUGCGGUUGGAUAGAAGGAUUGCUGUUUGAAUACCCGAAAACACUCCGCAACACGACGUUUUUUCGCCUCGCGUGAAGUAUGGUUGGUAAGAAUUAUUAUGCUUUCGGCCGCCCUAGCAGUGUGCAACAUAGCUCGUGCACACAUAAUGUACGUAUCAUUCGACCGAUUGUGCCCGUGUUCCAUCCACGGAAUUAGCCUCCGACUGCGUCACAAACGUUCAACUGUACAGUUGUUCACUACCAGAUUUAGACAAUUAGUUUCCCUUACUGUCGAAGAUGUCUCAAAGAUAUGUUUCGUCCCCUAUGGCAGCUGCACCCACGAACCUGGCACCGACUGGCGAUGACACUGGGAUCGUCCAUUGGAAGCGUCAAUUAUCGUGAUGAGGAGUUGACGACGAGCUUUACGAUCAUCUUUUUGUGGGAUCCACUUAACUCGAGUGCAUGGUGUGGACUGGUUGCAACAGAGGGAUCGUUGGUGAUGUGCACUUGCACCAUAGCGUUAACUGAGUCGGUUAUCCAGAGUACCGCUUCAAACUCGCCUAUAUCCUCAACCUUAAGGGAGCACUAAUGGCAGGGACGAAUUAAUAAACUUGCUGGUUGGUCGACUUUCUGUCUGUUGAAGUGGAGAGACCAUUGUUUCCUUUAUAACUCAUAACACAUAAGCAUGCACAACGCGCAGCGAUUUUCAAAACCUUGAAUAAAUCGGAAUGACUUCUUUCCCCAUAACCUCUAUAUAUGUAUAUGCAUUAUUCAUGUAAAAUCAGGCGGGUGGGGUCAAAACAACGAUUCUGGUGUAUCGGUCAAGAACAUUGCUGCGUCUUGUAUCUUGCACCAAGACCUCCCUCCACUGCUCUGUUACACUGUUCAUUCAAUCCAAUAGAUGAGCAGCAGUGA